AUGGGUAUAAAACAUGUAGAAAUCACAGUUAUCACCUACCAUCCACAAUAUGAUGGUCAAGCAGAAGUGGUAAACAUAUGCCUUGAAACUUAUCUCAGAUGCUUUUGUGCAGAAGAUCCUACUGGCUGGUUAUCCGGUCUUCCUAUGGUUGAAUAUUGCCAAUUAUUCAAUAGUAGUUUAGGUGGUAGUGGUUUUUCAUCAGCUGUAGCAACUUGGUAUGGAAAUGCUACUGGAGCUGGCAGUACUGGGGGAGCUUGCGGACUAGAAGAUGGUGUAGCAAAAUCUCCAUACAAUGCAAUGAUAACCGCGGGAAAUCAAGUUCUUUUUCGAUAUGGCUUUGGAUAUGGUGCAUGCUAUCAGGUGCGAGCGGUGGCGUGCAAAUACAAGACAAAUAUUAUGUUUAAGGUUGACAAAGGAUCAAAUCGUUUUUUCUUUGCAGUUGCAAUUGAAGCUGAAAAUGGAGAUGGUGCACUUUCUUUAGUUGAAAUAAAAACAACAAAUUCAAAUAAAUGGAUUCCAAUGCAACAAAUGUUUGGUGCAACUUGGUGUGUUCAUAUUAAUCCAAACACACAAAAACCUCCAUUUUCACUUAGGUUAACUUCAGAGUAUAAGCAUCAAAUUAAAGCUAAUAAUAUCAUUCCUGUAGGUUGGCAAUCAAGAACAAUUUACAAAUCAAAUGUCAAUUUUCCUAAUAAACUAUAG